AUGAAGGCAAAAACCCCAACAACUGCAGCCCCAACAACUGCAGCCCCAACAACUGCAGCUCCCACAACUGCAGCCCCAACAACUGCAGCCCCCACAACUGCAGCUCCCACAACUGCAGCCCCAACAACUGCGGCCCCCACCACUGCGAUCCCAACAAAUGGUGCGUCAACUACAACUGAAGGUUCAACAACAACUACUGUCACUACUACUACUGCAGCUCCCCCACCAGUUGUGGUUCUCCGAGCAACCUUGGUACAACCAUUUGUAGAAGAACUCGCUGAUAAAAACAGUAGAGAAUUCAAGACUCUUGAAGCACAAGUUGUAGCAGUGUAUGAUGUCAUCUACAGGACCCAAUUUGGUUUUCUUUUCAUCCGCACUUUUGUUAUAGAGUUCAGACGAGCUGUGGCCAGAACACGAAUAGAAAAUACUCUAGCAGAGGUCGGGAUUGAGUUCAAUCAAACGGCUUCACCUGAAGAAAUCCCACAGGCCAAUGUUGUUGCAGAAACCUUAGUCAACGCUGUGUCUAACCCCAACAAUACCUUUAACCUCACAAUUGAUACCAACACCAUUGAAGCAAUUCAAAGAAACGUCACAACUGUAGCACCCUCUUUAAAUACUACAACUACUACAAUCUCACCUGCUGCAAAUACAACUACCAGUGCUGCAACUACAGCUACAACUGCUGCAACUACAGCUACCAGUGCUGCAAAUACAGCUACCAGUGCUGCAACUACAGCUACCAGUGCUGCAAAUACAACUACAACUGCUGCAACUACAACUACAACCACAACAACUACUACAACCACCACAUCAGUAACGACAACUGCUGAGGCAGUCACAACAAGGCGAUUGAUUUUCAGAUCUGCUGGAGAGACAUUUACAAGUGACUUGCAGAAUCCAUCAUCUGCAGCGUUUAUAAGUCGAGCCUCAAUAAUAAAGUCGACGCUUGAACCUUUCUACCAAGAAGCAUUUACUUCAUUCCGCACAUUGACGGUGAUUUCUUUCAGUAAUGGCUCAAUCAUCAACAAUGUGGACCUUGGAUUUUCAUCCACAUCUGUUCCUAAUGGCACUCAGAUCGGAGAUGUUUUGGUUGGAGCAGCUUCGAACAUCACAGCCUUCAACAUUGACACCACCUCCAUUUCUGUGGAUGGCACACAAGUUUCAAGUGGAGUGAGCCACAAGAUCAGUCUCAUCACGGCAUCCUUCCUUGUGCUGCUGUCAUGGCUACUGUCAAGCCAGCAAUAGUGCAGGGGUUAUGUCCAUGUGAAAUAAGACUUAUAUUACUGAUAUGAAAAAGAACUUUGUUCUCAUUAAGUAUCCAAGAGAACUAUGACAUGUCUCGGAAAGAACUUCCAGAUAUUAAAGGGGACAUAUCAUGCUCAUUUUCAGGUUCAUACUUGUAUUUUAGAUUUCUACUAGAACAUAUUUAUAUGCUUAAAUGUUCGAAAAACACAUUAUUUUUCUCAAACUGUCUGUCUGAAU